CAGAGGACUGUCAGGAGCCUGCGAAGCGAUGCGAAAAAAUGGUGCAUGCAAACACGUUGAUGGAGAGUUCUAUGUAUGCACUGACUGCGUGCGGUAUGUUUACAUCUGAAGAAGAAUAGCGUGUGUCAAAGGGUUAUUACGAGGAAACAACUGGGAAGGUCGUUACGCGCGCCAAACGCCGACGCUGCGUAAAAACGGAUGAAACGUUAGCAACACGGAUGCGACGACAAUAAUAGCUUAGAUAUAUUUAUUUAUUUAUUAUUCCGGGAAGACGUUUACACCUGCCGUUCUUUGGGGGGAAAUACAUUAACAGUCUUUUGCAGUAUAUGUCAUCCCAUGUGACGGGCUUUCAUGGUUAAAUGGUCGCUGGCGCCUAGUAGUGGGAUGCACAUCAGUGUCCUUCCCUACUCCUUCUCCGUCGCAAUGGCCGCUCUAUAUCAGGUCACGGACGUGUCCUCUCCGGAUAAAUUUCUGGCCCUGAAAGACGUGAGGGAGGUGAAGGAGGAGACUACUCUGGAUGAAAAGCUCUUCCUACUGGCCUGUGAGAAAGGUGACUACUACAUGGUGAAGAGACUGCUGGAGGAGAAGACAGAGCUCAAUAUCAACUGUGUAGACGUGCUGGGGAGAGACGCUGUCACCAUCUCUAUAGAGAACCAAAACCUGGACAUCCUUAAGCUUCUGCUGGAGCACGGCUGCCAGGCAACAGAUGCUCUGUUAGUGGCCAUUGACUCGGAGGUGGUGGGAGCUGUGGAUAUCCUUCUCAACCAUCACCCCAGGAGGUCCUCGAAGCCCUCCAUCGCUAAACUGAUGCAGCGCAUCCAGAACCCCGAGUACUCCACCACCAUGGAUGUGGCUCCAGUGAUCCUGGCGGCCCAUAGGAACAACUAUGAGAUACUGACCAUGUUGCUGAAGCAGGAUAUCUCCCUGCCCAGGCCUCACGCUGUGGGCUGCGAGUGUACUCUCUGUAAUGCCAAGAACAAGAAGGACAGCCUACGCCACUCCAGGUUUCGUCUGGACAUCUACAGGUGCCUGGCCAGCCCGUCUCUGAUUAUGCUGACCGAGGAGGACCCCAUCCUCAGGGCCUUUGAGCUGAGUGCAGACCUCAGGGAGCUCAGCCUGGUCGAGGUGGAGUUCAGGAAUGACUAUGAGGAGCUGGCUAAGCAGUGUAAGAUGUUUGCUAAGGAUCUCCUGGCCCAGGCACGUAACUCCAGAGAACUGGAGGUGAUCCUCAACCACAUGGCCAAUGAGGACACAGUGGACAAGAGAGGCCUGAUGGAGGAACGCAUGAACCUCAGCCGCCUCAAACUAGCUAUCAAGUACAACCAGAAAGAGUUUGUGGCCCAGUCCAACUGCCAGCAGUUCCUCAACACCGUCUGGUUCGGCGAGACGGCCAGCUACCGGCGUAAACACACGUGUCUGAAGAUGUCCACGGUACUGAGCGUGGCGGUGCUGUGGCCGCUGCUCUCCCUGUGCUACCUGGUGGUGCCGCGCUCCCGCGUGGGCCAUAUCAUCCACACGCCCUUCGUCAAGUUCAUCAUACACAGUGCCUCCUACUUCACCUUCCUCCUGCUCAUCAACCUGUACUCUCUGGUGUACAACGAGGGCAAGAAGAACACCAUGGGCCCUGCCCUGGAGAUGAUCGACUACCUGCUCAUACUCUGGAUCAUAGGGAUGGUGUGGUCGGACGUGAAGCGUCUAUGGUACGAAGGCUUGGAGGACUUCCUGGAUGAGUCGAGGAAUCAGCUGAGCUUCGUCAUGAACUCUCUCUACCUGUCCACCUUCGCCCUCAAGAUAGUGGCUCACAGCAAGUUUAAGAACGUGGAGGACACAGAGAGGAAAAAUUGGGAUGCCUUCCACCCCAUCCUUGUGGCUGAGGGGCUGUUUGCCUUCGCUAACGUCCUGAGCUACCUACGACUGUUCUUCAUGUACACCACCAGCUCAAUACUGGGCCCACUGCAGAUCUCCGUUGGCCAGAUGCUGCAGGAGUUUGGUAAGUUCCUGGGUCUGUUUCUGCUGGUGCUCAUCUCUUUCACCAUCGGCCUGACGCAGCUCUACGGGAAGGAUCAGAAGGACCCGGCCAAGAGUCCCGCCAAAGACUGUGAGGGCAUCUUCUGUCAGCAGCAGAGCAACGACGCCUUCCACACGUUCAUGGGAACGUGCUACGCACUGUUCUGGUACAUCUUCUCUCUGGCCCACGUGGCUCUCUUCGUGACCCGGAUCAACUACACGGAGGAGCUGAGGUCAUUUGUGGGAGCCCUCAUCGUGGGCACGUACAACAUCGUGGUGGUCAUCGUUCUCACCAAGCUGCUGGUCGCCAUGCUCCACAAGAGCUUCAGGCAGAUCGCUAACCACGAGGAUAAGGAGUGGAAGUUUGCCCGCGCCAAGCUGUGGCUGAGCUACUUUGACGACAAGUGUACCCUGCCGCCGCCCUUCAACAUCCUACCCUCCCCCAAGACAGUGUGUUACCUUCUGACCAGUAUGAGUAAAUGGAUCUGCUCCCACACCUCCACGGGGAAGGUCAAGAGACAGAACAGCCUCAAGGAGUGGAGAAACCUGAAGCGGAAGCGUGAUGAGAACUACCAGAAGAUCAUGUGUUGCCUUGUCCAUCGCUACCUGACGUCCACCAGGCAGAAGAUGCAGAGCACCGACCAGGCCACCGUAGAGAACCUCAACGACCUGCGGCAGGACCUCUCCAAGUUCCGCAAUGAGAUGAGAGACCUGCUGGGAUUCAGAACCUCCAAGUACGCCAUGUUCUACCCCCGGAGCUAAGACUGACCUGAUCUGAACCUCAACCCAACCAUGUUCUACCCUUGGAGCUGGAACUGAUCUGGUCUCAACCUGCACCCAACCUCAACCGGCCAGCUAAGACUGGCUUCAACCCCAACAUCAACCCCAACCACCUCUGUUAGCCUCUUCACCCAGGGGGUCCUAUCUCUGACCCUAGCAUGCUCAGAAAUGACCUUGUGUCCAGUCACAGAGAGACAUUUAAACCUGGAACUCCACUGGAAAUAUAUAUAUAUUCUGCACCAAAGUCUCCAGAUUCACCCAGAUCCCUUAUGUAAUAAUAUUCAGUCAUCCUACUUGUUUUCUAAAAUUGUCAUUGUUUUCAACAAUGGACUUAAUAAAAUGUAAUGGAAAAUA